AUGCUGCGAUCACUCGCUCUCACAAGUUUCCUGGCCGGGCAAUCGCUACGAGCUGCCGCUCAGCGCGAUCAGGUUGACAACAGCAAUCUUGACCCAUUGAAGUUCAAGAGCGACGGAACAUUUCAAAUAUCAGUUUUUUCAGAUCUCCAUUUCGCUGAAGAUGCCUCCUCAAUAGGGCCCGAGAAAGAUGCUAGGACUGUCAAGGUCAUGGGCGACGUGAUCGAUGCCGAGCUACCAGACUUGGUAGUCCUAAACGGCGACCUUAUCAACGGCGAGUCAACAUUCAUUCACAAUAGCACGGUAUACAUCGAUCAAAUCGUCUCCCCGAUGGUAGAUCGUAACAUGACGUGGGCUUCAACAUACGGUAACCAUGAUCACAAUCGCAAUCUCAAUGGAACCGCCAUGUUAGAGCGCGAGCAUACAUGGCCUGGAUCUCGAACAGAUUCUAUGGUUCCUGGAAGCGAUGCUGGAACAACGAACUACUACCUCCCCGUAUACGCAUCGAACUGCAGUUCAAACUGCACACCCGAGCUGAUACUCUGGUUCUUUGAUUCCCGAGGCGGCUUUUACUACCAGGGCGGUGCUCAGCCAAACUGGGUUGAUAAGAGCGUCGUGGAAUGGUUCAACGAGACCAAUGCUGAUUUGCGCGAGGAAUAUGGCAAGAACAUUCCUUCAUUGGCCUUUGUUCACAUCCCCGUCUACGCCUCUCUUAUGCUGCAGAACAAUGGCAUCGAUGAGAAUUACCACCCUGGCAUCAAUGACGAAACAGUCAUUCAGCAAGGUGCGGGAUGGUGCGCAGACAAGAAGGGAGGUUGUGAUUACAGCGACCAAGACCUCCCAUUGAUGCAAGCUCUCGUUGCGACACCUGGCGUCAUUGGUCUCUUUUCCGGCCACGAUCACGCGAACUCAUGGUGCUACAAGUGGGAAGACAAGGUUGGCGACAUGGACCUUCCUGGCAACGGCAUCAAUCUCUGCUACGGUCAACAUACUGGCUACGGUGGCUAUGGAGACUGGAUCAGAGGUGGUCGCCAAAUCGUUGUCACACAAGAGGGCCUGAAGAAUCUUGAAAUCGAUUCGCAUAUCCGCCUCGAGUCGGAUGAGGUCGUUGGAAGCAUCUCUUUGAACUCGACUUACAACACUGAUGCAUACGCCGCAACCCCGAAUCAGAAAACAUUUCUCAGCAUUGCAAGCUCUUCUACGCCGACACCUUCUACAAGGCCUGUUUCUUUAGGAGCGCGUUUUGGAUUACCCAAUGCUUUCAAUUCGUCUUUGAUUGUUUUCGCAGGAGUUAUUACAUGGAUUAUGUUAUAG